UAAAGAACUAAUAAAUAACUAUCUUAUAUCUUAUAUAACAAAUGAACCGUCCUUUUAUUUAUUUUUUAAAAAUGUCUAUUUUUUUCUUUUAAUUUGGGGUCUUUUGUUUUUGCUCAAAACAUUAGAUAUAAAGUAAAUGAGAAGGAACAGCAGGCAACUGCUGAAGCGUUGCCAAGCGGCGCACACGUGGUGGCUGCCCAACAAACUUCCUGUCCUUUAAAUGCCGCUUCGCCCGCCCGGCCGACUCAAAACUAACUCAAUGGGUUUCGCCGGCGCCGCCGACGACCACCACUACCGCCUCCGGGUGGUAAUGCUGCCUUGGCUCGCCCACGGCCACGCCUCCCCCUUCCUCGAGCUCGCCAAACGCCUCUCCCACCACUCCGUCCUCGUCCACCUCGUCUCCUCCCCCACCGUGCUCGCCUCGCUCCGGCCCCAUCUCCAUUCCGACUCCCACCCCUCCGUCCACCUUGUCGAUCUCCCACUCCCCUCCGCCCACCUCCCUCCUCCCCUCCACUCCACCAAGAACCUCCCCUCCCACCUCAUGCCCUCCCUCAAGCACGCCUUCGAUCUAAGCGCCCCUGACUUCGGCCGCCUCCUCGCCUGCCUCCGCCCCGACGUUCUCCUCUACGACUUCAUUCAACCCUGGGCUCCCCUCGUCGCCUCCGCCCUCGCCAUCCCCGCCAUCCAAUUUCUAACCACCGCCGCCUCCACCGCUGUCUUCUUCGCGCACUAUGCUCGCCACCCCGAUGAGGAUCUCCCCUUUCCGUCACUCUGCCUCGGCGCCAAGGAAAACCUCGAGCACGUCGCCGGGAUGAACCAGAUCGCCAACGGCGUCGCCGACCUAGACCGCUUCUUCCAGUGCAUGGAUCGAUCCACCUGCUUCAUCGCCGUAAGAACCUUCCGGGAGAUCGAGGCCAAGUACAUCAACCACUUCGAGCAGGAGAUUGGGAAGGAGAUCGUCCCGGUUGGCCCGCUCGUACCCGACGACGACGACGACGACGACGACACCGACGGCGACGAAAGUACCCUUUCGGUGAUGAGGUGGCUGGACGAGAAAGAGGCGGAUUCGGUGGUGCUCGCCACGUUCGGGAGCGAAUACUUCAUGGGGGAGGAAGAGAUGAGAGAGGUCGCCCGGGGAUUGGAGCUCAGCGGGCUGGCCUUCGUGUGGGUGAUUAGGUUUCCGGCGAAAGAUGCAGAGGAGGUGAAGUCGAAGGCGGCGGUGAGAAGGGAAGGGAGGGGAUUGGUGGUCGAGGGAUGGGCGGCGCAGAGGAGGAUUCUGGCGCACCGGAGCGUAGGUGGAUUCCUGACGCACUGCGGCUGGAGCUCGGUGCUGGAGGCGAUGAAGUGCGGGGUGCCGGUGGUGGCGCUGCCGAGGCAGCUGGACCAGCCGGCGAACGCGAAGCUGGUGGAGGAGAUCGGGGCGGGGCGAGAGGUGCGGAAAGCGAAAGGGGCGCUGGGGAUGUUCUACGGCGAGGAGGUGGCGAGAGGGAUCAAGGAGGUGGUGGUCGGAGCGGAGGGGGAGGAGGUGAGACGGAGGGCGAGGGAAGUCGCGGCGAUGAUGGCGAAGAAAGGCGACGAGGAGAUCGGGGCGUUGGUGGAGAAGAUGGCGGCGCUUUGCGAGGAAACAGCGAAGAAAGUACUUGGAUAACGUUGCGGCGUAACGUUCCGGUAUAUAUCACGACGGUCGGAGUAUACCGUCACAUCAUCGGCUCUGUGAUAGAUAACGACAAUAACUAAAUAAAAUAUUCCGGAUUGCAUUUAGAUGUAAAAUACUUGUAAUACUAAAGAGUGUAAUCGUCUGAA